UCUGGGGAAUUGGCACAAGGACGAGCGCGCGCGCGGGUCCCCAACACAUCUGGGAGACAGCGGCGACACUGGAACCGAAGGUGCAUAUCUGGAGCGGCUGAGCCAUCGCGCAGCUGGGGCCCUUCGAGGCGCUAGGGGCGCACAUCUGGGACCUCGAGAGGGGGCAGCGCCGGGCGCAACUGGACCAGGGGAGGGGGGCGGCGGCGGCUGCACAGCUGGACCUAAGGGGGCGGGGUCGGUCCUGGGCGGCUGGCAGAGCCAAGGGCCGCGGGUGGCCGGGCACUGGAGCAUGGGACGGCGCGCCUGAAAGAGCAGGGGUGAGGAAAGGCCUGGGACCCCGAAGGGAAAAGAGGAGAGAAAGGGGCACGAGAGCAAAGAAGGAAGAUGCAACUGACUCGCUGCUGCUUCGUGUUCCUAGUACAGGGCAGCCUCUAUCUGGUCAUCUGUGGCCAGGAUGAUGGCCCCCCUGGCUCGGAGGACCCUGAGCACGAUGACCACGAGAGCCAGCCCCGGCCCCGGAUGCCUCGGAAGCGGGGCCACAUCUCACCUAAGUCCCGCCCCAUGGCCAACUCUACUCUCCUAGGGCUGCUGGCUCCACCUGGCGAGGCAUGGGGGGUCCUUGGACAGCCCCCCAGUCGCCCGAGCCACAGUCCCUCACCUUCAGCCAAGGUGAAGAAAAUCUUUGGCUGGGGUGACUUCUACUCCAACAUCAAGACGGUUGCCCUGAACCUGCUCGUCACAGGGAAGAUCGUGGACCACGGCAACGGGACCUUCAGCGUCCACUUCCAACACAAUGCCACGGGCCAGGGCAACAUCUCCAUCAGCCUCGUGCCCCCCGGUAAAGCUGUAGAGUUCCACCAGGAGCAGCAGAUCUUCAUUGAAGCCAAGGCCUCCAAAAUCUUCAACUGCCGAAUGGAGUGGGAGAAGGUGGAACGGGGCCGCCGGAUCUCGCUCUGCACCCACGACCCCGCCAAGACCUGCUCCCGAGACCACGCUCAGAGCUCAGCCACCUGGAGCUGCUCCCAGCCCUUCAAAGUCGUCUGCGUCUACAUCGCCUUCUACAGUACGGACUAUAGGCUGGUCCAGAAGGUGUGCCCGGAUUACAACUACCACAGUGAUACUCCCUACUACCCCUCUGGGUGACCCCGGGCAGGCCACAGAGGCUGGGCCAGGACUGGAAGGACAGGCCUGCCCACACAUGAAGCCAUCUGUCUGGGUACUGGGCAGGGAAAGGAAGAAGCCUCGGGCGGGGAGCAGGGGUGGGUGGAGAGGAGGUGCCAAGUGGGGCCAGGGCCAAAUCUCAAGUGGUAGGGAAAGGGUCCCAGCAGCUGGCCCCAACCUGAUGUUGCAGAGUGACCAGCACACAGGAGCACCAGCCAUGGAGUGGGUUCUCCGGGCAGCCUCACAGGCUGACUGAGGGACAGGAAGAUGCUGGGUGCAGGAGGCCCGUGGGGCAGGCAGACCAAUAAAGUCAUUGAGAGGAGCCUAAAACCUUGGCUCCCUCCCUGCCAUCCUGAGAAAGAACAGCAACAAGGAGAGGGUUAUUUCAUCAGUGUGGACACCAAGUAGGCGCUGAAGGAUGGCUGACACUGGGCAUCCCGGGAGCCAGCAUGGGGUGGGGGUGGGGGGCAGGAGGAACUCUCCAGCCCCACCCAGAGGGCAGCCCUAAGCCUUUCAUCCUGGACGGUGGACUGAGCUGGGCUUGAGGCCGAAGUGGUGAUCCUUAGAGUCUGAUAUCUUGACAGAUAGACCAUCUGCCCAAGCCAGGCCACCCUUUUCCAAACUUUCUUCUUCUGCCAUUGCUCCCCACCCCAACCCUCAUGCUGAAGGGACACCAGUCCUUAAGCUGAGACAGAGGGUGAUGGUGGAUCUCCCAGCACCAAGGCCACAGGCGGAAGCCCACCCGUGAGCCACGUGGCCCUCCUCUGCCCCAUCCCUCACUAGAUCCUCUGGGAGCUUCCUUGUUCAGCGCGUGAUCCUUCCAUAGCCAGCCUUGCCCAUCAGACUGGGGCGCGGCCGGAUAGAUGCCUCCCUCGUGACCGGCGGGGCCAUCAGCAGCUCUGGGCAGGGUGAGGCCAGACUGCGGAGGGUGCGCCGGACCUGUUCUGUAGUGUCUGUCUGUGGGUGGGGGGAGGGGGGAGGUUUUGUGAAAUCACCUGAUUGUCGACUUCUGUGUGCAGAAUCUUGUUCUUGGAGCAGGGAAUAAAGCUUUCCCAGGGCGUUGGACUCUGAGUGGUCUGGGAGGUAGGUUGGAGGUGGGGGAAAGGGCCACAGGUGCCCCUGUGGUCCAGCAGGCAGAAAGACAAUACCUGGAGGCCAGAGUCGCAGGGCUCCAACAGCUGCUGGGGCUGAUGCUCAAUGAUGG